UACUCCUCCUCUACAAGCUUGUCUGCUGCCACUCCUACAAGCUAGCAAACGCACAGCCAGAUCACCUAGCUAGCUCCACCGCUUCCUCGCACCACCACCAUCACUCCAAGCCGAUCUCUCUCAAGUCAUGGACCAGCUCCAGAAGCGCCCGGCCAACUACGUGCCGCUCAGCCCCAUCACCUUCCUGCCCCGCGCCAAUGCCGUCUACGGCGACCGCACCUCCGUCGUCUACAACCGCGUCAAGUUCACCUGGCGCCAGACGCACGAACGCUGCCGCCGCCUCGCCUCCUCCCUCGUCCGCACCCUCGGCCUCCGCCGGAACGACGUCGUCUCCGUCCUCGCCCCCAACGUGCCCGCCAUGUACGAGAUGCACUUCGCCGUCCCUAUGGCCGGCGCCGUCCUCAACACCGUCAACACCCGCCUCGACGCCAAGGCCGUCGCCGCCAUCCUCCGCCACGCCGACGCCAAGCUCUUCUUCGUCGACUGGGAGUACGUGCGCCUUGCCAGCGACGCGCUCCAGAUCAUCGCCGACUCCGGCGCGCCCGUCCCGCUCGUCGCCGUCAUCGACGACCUCGACCGCCCCACCGGGGUCCGCCUCGGGGAGCUCGAGUACGAGGCGCUCGUCGCGCACGGCGACCCCUCCGUCGAGCUGCCACAACUCCAAGACGAGUGGGACGCCGUCACGCUCAACUACACCUCCGGCACCACGUCAGCCCCGAAAGGUGUCGUGUACAGUCACCGGGGCGCCUACCUCAGCACCACAAGCCUGCUCAUGGCCUGGGAGAUGGGCGCCGAGCCCGUCUACCUCUGGACGCUCCCCAUGUUCCACUGCAACGGCUGGACCUUCACCUGGGGCGUCGCCGCCCGCGGCGGCGUCAACGUCUGCAUCCGCGAGAACCGCCCCGCCGAGGUGUACCGCGCCAUCAAACGCAACAACGUCACCCACAUGUGCUGCGCGCCCGUCGUCUUCAACAUCCUGCUAGAGGGCGGCGGCGACACCGCGCGGCUGGGGGCCCCCGUCCACGUCCUCACCGGCGGCGCCCCGCCGCCGGCCGCGCUGCUGGAGCGCGUCGAGCGCAUCGGGUUCCACAUCACCCACGCCUACGGCCUCACGGAGGCCACCGGGCCCGCGCUCGCCUGCGAGUGGCGCGCGCAGUGGGACAAGCUCCCGCUCUCGGACCGCGCGCGCCUCAAGGCCCGCCAGGGCGUCAGCGUGCUCUCCCUCGCCGACGCCGACGUCGUCACCGACGACGCCAAGAUGGCCAGGGUGCCGCACGACGGCAAGUCCCUCGGCGAGAUCGUGCUCCGCGGCAGCAGCGUCAUGAAGGGCUACCUCAACAACCCGGAGGCCAACGAGGCGGCGUUCCGGGGCGGCUGGUUCAUGACGGGCGACGUGGGCGUGGUGCACCCGGACGGGUACAUCGAGAUCAAGGACAGGUCCAAGGACGUCAUCAUCUCCGGCGGCGAGAACAUCUGCAGCAAGGAGGUGGAGGAGGUCCUCUUCCGCCACCCCGACGUGGCCGACGCCGCCGUCGUCGCCAUGCCGCACCCGCACUGGGGCGAGACGCCCUGCGCCUUCGUCGUCGCCAGGAACAAGGCGGCCGGGGUCUGCGAGGAUGACGUCAUGGCCUUCUGCCGCAAACACAUGGCGCACUUCAUGGUGCCCAAGAAGGUGGUGGUCUACGACGUGCUCCCGAGGAACGCGCUCGGCAAGGUCGAGAAGGUCAAGCUGCGGGACGAGGCACGGAAGCUGGCGCCGCCGGCGCAGAAGACCAAGGCGACCAAGGCCACCAAGACGACGGUCAGCGGUGGGCGCCGGAGCGAGCAGCCGGUGGCGCAUGUCAUGGCCAUGUCAAGGCUAUAGUGCUCUCGAGACAUCGUACGAGUAAACUGACGGAUACGGCCGUCACGGUGAUCAGGUAAUCAAAUGGUCCACGCGUUGGCAGAAAGUGGAAAUUUGGCACCAUGCAUAUUAUGGGCGCCAACUUUGCAGAAAUAAGCAACAAGUGCGUUUAGAAUACCUAUGAUUUUUUUUAGUGCCACCAAAUUGUUCUUUACUCUUCUGGUUUCGACAAUUUGGAACUUCUAGACGAACUUAUACAAGUGUCAGUUUGUUCCAAAUUUAUAAUCUGGAACUUAUAUGUAUGUACAUUGUAAAUAUCCUGUGUGCAAGGAAAUUAUUUCUGUC